AUCUGAGUGUCAUAUGAAGGGUUUUUCUUUUGCCAGCUCUGAGUCUUCUGCUGAUCCCUCAAGGCAGUGAUCAUGUUCUUCCCCUGCCUCUUAUUUUAUCUGCAGUGACCCGGUAAGCGCCGUGAUUCAGCAGAAAGAGCGGAGGAAAGGGAGGAGGAGAGAGGCGAUAUCUCGAUUGGUCAGGUAGCGGCGUGACGUCGCCGCCGGCUCAUUCGGAUUGGCGAAGCGGGAAUCCGAAGCGGAGCGUGAUUCAGCGACAUCGAGCUCUCCCGGGGCGGCGCCGUAGUUAAAGCCGAAGCCGAGCAGCGCGUUUGUAACUCCACUGGAAUCCGGCGAAGAGAGAGUUUGGGGGCUCUGUUCUCCUGGAGCCACUUUUGGAUCCUCUACAAGUUUGUUUAAGACCAGGUUUUGGCUUAGCCUCUCCUGCGUGCACUCUGGUUGUUCCUUUCCGCAUCACUCUCAAGGAACUCACAGCUGGACUUAAGACCUAAGGCUUGGCAAAGGAUCUGUGCCUGACACCCUGCUCUCUUAAUAAAGACCUGACAUUCCUGCAGGCACAGAGGUCUGUAGAACCUUCAUCCCCUCCGCAUAGCGUUGCUUUAGCCAACGCCAAGAGAGGCAACAAAGAACUUGUUAAGAGAAGGGGACAGCUUCCUAAUAAUGGAAUUUCCAGACUUGGGUAAACACUGCUCUGAGAAGACCUGCAAGCAGCUAGACUUUCUACCCCUGAAAUGUGAUGCGUGUGAUGAAGUCUUCUGCAAAGAGCAUAUUACAUAUAACCGGCACAAGUGUCCUUCUGCAUACAAGAAGGAUGUGCAGGUCCCAGUCUGUCCUCUUUGUAAUACUCCCAUCCCAGUGCAGAAGGGAGAGGUGCCAGAUGCUGUUGUCGGUGCCCACAUUGAUAAAGACUGCAAACAUGAUUCUGCUCAACAAAAGCAAAAAAUCUUCACAAACAGGUGCUUCAAAUCGGGCUGCAAAAAGAGAGAGAUGAUGAAGCUGGUUUGCGACCAGUGUCAUGGCAACUUCUGUAUCAAACACCGGCAUCCUCUGGACCACGCCUGCCAAGGGCAAGCCCGUGCCAUUUCGAAAGCUGGAUGUGCUGCUCUGAUGAGAUCGCUGGAAUCCAACAAGAUGCCUCUUAACUGCCAGCUUCUGCAGAACAGAUGCAAAGCAAAAAGCUGAUGUCAUACAACCUGGGUCCAAAACUGCCUUGUCCUGUUGGAUUGUUGCAAAGAUUUAGCUCUUAAAAGCUUCUCCACCUUUUCUGUGCUACUUUUAUAUGUAAAUGUCUUCAAUAAACUGACUUCUUUACAAUA